GUCAGCUGGGCUUCCAGCACUCCUGACACUGACACUGCCGCUGGGUUGGGCCGCACUCCAGCAGCUCUAACAGAAAAAGAAGACUUUAAGAAACCUUACAUAGGAUUGUUAAGGCGGAAUCCUUCCCAGCAUGGACUCCUACCAGCGCUUCAGUGACGAGAACUACAAGAACUGGCUGAAAACCGCGGAGAGUCUCUACAUACUGAGGAACAACAUUCGCCGUUUCGUCGAAGAUGAAACCGAAACUUACCACCGCUCUCUUCGGGAAACGCUGAAGGGGGAGAUCUGCGUGAAAAACUGCAAAAAGUCACCUUUAUGUGAGAAGUGUGAGCGGUGGAAAAAAGAGAUCUUGCAGAGUCGUCUUGGAAAGGGUGCUGAGAUACACUGGAAAAACGUUGAGCCACAUCGCUGGCCAACAGAAAUAUGGGAAGUGGCCAAGGUGUAUAUGCCAGGUGGACAACGUGAGCAUCGCUGUUUUGACCAGUUUGAUAUUGCUGCUAUUCUGAACUUCAUGGCUAACUGCAAACAUUUUAAAAAGUUUCAUCAAGGCCAGCUCCUGACCAAGGUCAUCAGCGUGAGGAAUAUGGUGAUGCAUUCCCCUGAAUUAAGGCUGAACAAGGAAAAGAUGGAUGGUGGCAGAAAUAAUGUUCUGAUGCUGGCAAAGCUUCUAGAGACCUGCAUACCUAAACUGCAUGAGACCAUAUCAGAGGAGAUAAAGCAGUUUGAUACAGUUUUGGAAAAUUAUCCUGAUCAAAUUUCCCAAGUGGAUUUAAAGACAGAAAAUCUGAAGCUGCUGGAUAGAGAACAGCAGGCCCUGAAGGAGAGGAUUGAAUUCCUGGCCCAACGUUAUAAAGCAGACCAACAAACAGAAAUUAAAGGAGAACUGCAGGGUAUAAAGAAUUUCCUGGACCAAAACAAAGAUCUCCUGGAGAGCCUGAGGCCUCAGGUGACCCAACUAAAUGAGAUACAGGAGACAGUGGAGAAGCAUGAGUUCCAGAUUGACAAUCUGAGUAACAGGGUUGAAAAUCUGGAGAAGGUUACACACGACCCAAUGUUCAGUGAUGAUCCACUCAAGUUUAAGAAUCAUCUGAUCGAACAGGCUCGGAAAAGGAAAUGGCCAGAACCUCUAUUUACAGAAGAACUUGAAGCCAGUGGUUAUAGAGGUCGAGUGGUGGUGAAUGGACGCACCUUUACUGGUUUACAGGUGUGUAAUAACAAAAGGAGAGCUCACCAAGAGGUUGCCAAGAUAGCUCUGGGUCAACUCCAAUCUGAGUUUGAGGACACAGAAGAGGCAUCAACAUCUGCAGCCAUUCCAUCAUUGAUAUCUACUACAUCAUCUACAAACAACCUCUUUUAUGGCACCGUGACUGUGGUCCUCAGCAAAGAGGUUUGUUCUGAUGGGUUUGUAAAAGAGGAUGAAGCCACUGAAUCAGCGUACAUAAAACUAGGCCGUCAGUUUGGCCUGAAUGAUCCUGGUGCUGGUAAUACUUUCAGGACAGUGGUCUUGGAACAUUUGACUAAGUGUGGUAUUCAACCACCAUCGGAAAUCACAACUCAACAGAAUGAUAAGAACUUCUGCAAACUUCAUUUUACCUUUUAUGAUGAAGAUGGCUCCACAACGAAGAAAAAAGCGGAGACAGCAAGCGGCUAAGGUUGCACUACAACAGCUGUCUGGG